GGAGGGGAGACCCGCCGCCUCCCUCCCUCGCUCGCUGACUUGCUCCCUCCCGGGCUGCGGCUGCUGCAACCGCGGCGGCGGCGGCGGCAGCAGCGGGAGCAGUUUGGAGGCCGGCGUCGAGGAUUUGCUGCUGUCUCUGCUGCUCUAUCCUUCCCACAGAGGCCCUCUCCCCUCUCCUAUCUCAAGAUGGCAGCCAGCAGCUCUCAGGUCUCUGAGAUGAAGGGGGUAGAGGAGGGUCCCCAGACCCAGGGAGAAGGGCCUGGCCAUUCUGAAGCUGGAACUGGUCCUCCCCAGAUCCCAGCUGGGGUCCCAGAUGAGCCAGAGACCCUGCAGCCAGGACCAGACAUAACUGGGGCCCCUGUGGACACAGAGCCCAAGGCUGGGCUGGCUCCAGAAACCACAGAGACCCCAACCAUGGCCCCAGAAACAGCUCAGGCCAGAGACCUCAGCUCAAGCCCAGGAGGGGAAUCAAAGGCCAACUCCAGCACCGAAGAAACAUGCCAAGAGCUACCAUCCAAACCAGAAGUGAGCAAAGAGGCCACUGCAAACCAGGGGUCCAACCUGGAAUCCGCAGCCCCACUUGCGCCAGCCUCAGAGCCUGCUCCCCAGCCAGACCCCCAGCUGGACCCCCAGCCAGACCCUCAGCCAGAACCCCAGCCAGCUUCCCAGCCCACCUCCAAGCCAGUCCUUCAGCCAGAGCCCCCUACCCAGGAGGACCCCACCUCAGAGGUCCUGACUGAGAACGUGGGAGAAAAGCAGGAGAAUGGGGUAGUGGUUCCCCUGCAGGCUGGUGAUGGUGAUGGGGAAGAGGGUCCAGCCCCCCAGCCUCACUCACCAUCCUCAACAAAAACCCCCCCAGCCAAUGGGGCUCCACCCCGUGUGUUGCAGCAGCUGGUUGAGGAAGAUAGACUAGGAAGGGCUCACAGUGGGCAUUCAGGAUCUCCCCGAGGUAGCCUGAGCCGCCACCCUAGUUCCCAGCUGGCAGGGUCUGGGGUGGAGGGGGGUGAAGGCACCCAGAAACCUCGGGACUACAUCAUCCUCGCCAUCCUGUCCUGCUUCUGCCCCAUGUGGCCUGUCAACAUCGUGGCCUUCGCUUAUGCCGUCAUGUCCCGGAACAGCCUGCAGCAGGGGGACGUGGAUGGGGCCCAGCGUCUGGGUCGCGUGGCCAAGCUCUUAAGCAUCGUGGCGCUGGUAGGGGGGGUCCUCAUCAUCAUCGCCUCCUGCGUCAUCAACUUAGGCGUGUAUAAGUGAGGGGCUCUGCCCUGCAUUCCAAGACUUUUUUUCCUGUUGGGAGCUGCCUUGGGCCCAACCUCCCCUGGGGGGAGCCCAAUCCAUGGCCCAGGCCCGCACCCAUAGGGACCAAGGGAGCCUGAGCGGCCUUGUUUACAGCUUCUUUCCUGCUCCUGCAUCCUGCCAGGCUCCACUGCCAACCGUAGGCCUCCCUUCUCCCUGCACUGUUUCCAACUUCCCUGCACUCCUGCCUGCAUCCCCUCCAGCCUCUUGGCUUCCCUAUCCCUGCACUUCUGGAAACCUCCUUGCACUUCUGGAAACCUCCCUGAACAUCUCCCAAACUCUCUUUGCUCUCAGCCUCCCAGCAUUUCUCCCCACCUUCCUGCACCACAACCUCCCGAGAAUUUCCUGCACCUCAACUCUGGUCUCCCUUUCCCAACUUUCAUUGUCUCAGCAUCCUCCCCCAUUCCUUUCUUCCUUCUCUCCUUAUUCAUCUCCCUUUCCCUCUCCACAUCCUCCACCCCCUUCCUCUUCCUGCCUCCUCAUCGCCCCUCAGCAUCCUCUCCUCCACCCUCCUCCACCGUUCAUUCUGCAAAAACUCCAGCACUUAGAUCAGGCUGGGGGAGGGGAGCAGUGUCAGGAGAGGGCUCCCUAGCCCGGGCUCCGACUGUUCUCAGCUGGGACCACCCAGGUCCGGACGCCCCCAUGGUGCCUCGGGGUCGCAGCGCUGGCAAGCCAGGCCUCGUUUGGAGACUUGUGCAGGGGUGGCCAGUACUGUUCCGAACACGCACCUGGGAGAAGGGAGGGGCGCGGCUGUUGACCCUCCCCGGUCAGCCUGAGUUGACCUACCCCACCUGGGCUUUUUAACCCAGUCAGAGAACUCGUUGGGGCUGGGGUCAUUCAUGUGCUUUGUAACGAAAGAACCCAAAAAAUAGGACCAAAGCUCCCAGCUGCAGGGAGCAAGGGAGAGGCGGAGAGGUCUAUGAUUUUUUAAGAGGACGAGAGAGGUUUGGGGGGCGGGGACCGAACCACAACGCGGUUCCGAGUUGGCGGGUUUUUUUUCCCCCUAAAAAAAGAAAAGUGUAGGGAAAAAACCUAAAAGUCU